AUGGUGGAGAAGGAACGCGCGACCGAGACGACGGAGUCUCCAAACGACGGCGAGUACGUCCUGACCCCGGAAGAGGAAGCCAAAUAUGGCCGUUUUUCCAAGAACCAGAAACGGCUAUUCAUGACCAUUAUGGCUAUAGCCACGUCGCUAGGGCCGUACUCCUCUUCCGCAUACAUGCCAGCAACACAGAUGAUUGCCGACGAGUUCAGCACCACCGGAGCCACCAUCAACUUAUCUGGAACCGUUUUCAACAUAAUGACUGCGAUGUCCCCAUGUCUGUUCAACCGGCUGUACGAGUUUUACGGCUGCCGUCCGAUUUUCAUUCUCAUGGCCACUCUCUUGCUGAUACCCUCGAUUCUCACUGCUGUUUCUGUGAACCUCCCUAUGUUCUUCGUGUUUCGCAGUCUCACAGGCCUAUUUUCCUAUUCGUUCAUCAACAUGGCCGCGUCAGUCACUGGCCACAUCUACCAGCCCACCGAGAGAUCCACGGCUUUGAGUUGCUGCUUAGCAGGCACUCUGGCAGCCAGCGCAUUUGCUCCCGUCCUUGCAGGAGUCAUUAUCACCUACGCAUCCUGGAGAAUCAUUUUCUGGGUCCAGACAGGCAUCACUGCUUUUGUGCUGGCCAUGGCCGUCGUCUUCCUCAAGGAAACCACGCCAGAAACUGAGUUCUCCAUAUGGAAACGAGAAACGUCCAGAAAGUUCAAGAUCAUCGCCGUCAACCCUUUCAAGGUGGUCUUUGCAUUGCGCAUUCCAACGCUGUUUCUGCCGGGCAUCACCACUCUCUUGCUAUCAUUCAACUAUUUUGCAUUGCUCACUCCAAUCAGAUACGUUGUGGACCCGCGAUUUGGCUUCACUAGUCCUAUCCAGGGCUCUUUGUUCUAUCUCGCUCCUGGCUGCGGCAUGGUUAUAUCGACCCAGUUUGCGGGCAGAUACGCCGAUUGGGUGCUGAAACGAGCCAUCAAAAGAAGAGGCGGCCGGCUUGUGAGCGAGGACAGACUUCAGGCGUGUUUGCCGGCCAUGCUGCUUAUGUUCUCGUCGAUCAUAAUCUACGGCUGGUCUAUCCAGGAGAAAAAGGGCGGGCUCGUGCUGCCGAUCGUCAUGAUGUUCCUCAACGGGUUCUCCCAGACGUUUGUGUACACGCCGGUGAAUUCUUAUUGCAUUGGAAGCUUGCCCGAGAUCGGGUCGCCGAUCGCCCUGGGCUCAAACUAUUUCAUCCGCAACAUCGGAGCGGCGAUCGGGUCAGGGGUCACCUUACCCCUGUUCGAUGCCAUCGGCAUCGGAUGGUCCAGCGUUAUCAACGGGAUCCUCAUAGUCGUGGCCUUUGGCACUACGCUGCUCUGCUACAAGCUGGGCCAAACCUGGCGCACAAGAUGGCUGAAAAAAAACGGCUAUCGCUCGGGAGACGGGGACGACCGAGAAGGAUAG